AUGGCAAGCAAAGUCUUCAACUUCGGCGUCAUCGGCUACGGGCUGUCGGCCAAAAUCUUCCACAUCCCUCACCUGACGGCGAUCCCGUCGUUCAAGCUGUACGGCAUCGUGCAGCGGACGCCCAAGGCCGGCGACGACUGCGGCGCGGACCACCCCGAGGCCAAGUCGUGGCGCAGCGCGGACGAGCUCUUCGCCGAUUCGGCCGUCGACGUCGUUGUCCUCACCACGCCGCCGGACACGCAUUUCCCGCUGGCCAAGCGCGCGCUCGAGCUAGGCAAGCACGUCGUCGUCGAGAAGGCGUUUGUGCCGUCGCACGCCGAGGGCGAGGCGCUGGCGGCGCUGGCGCGUGAGCACAAGCGUUCGGUCGCCGUCUAUCACAACAGACGCUGGGACGCAGACUUCGUGACGCUGCGGCAGCUGCUCGCCGAGGGCACGCUCGGCCGCAUCGUCGACUUCAACUCGCACUUCGACCGGUACUCGCCGACGGCGGCGGCGGACUGGAAGGCCGAGGCGCGGCCGGGCAACGGGACCCUCUUCGACCUGGGCUCGCACCUGCUCGACCAGAUCGUGACGCUCUUCGGGAUGCCCGCGCGCAUCACCGCCUUCGUCGGCAACACGCGGGCGGGCGCCGCCGCGGCGCGGGGCCAGCACGACGAGCUGGGCGACGCCUUCACCGUGCACCUGCACUACGCCGACGGCAUGCUGGCGACGGCGCGGGCGGGCGUGCUGAGCGUCGACGAGGAGCAGCUGCGGUUCUGGGUGCGCGGCGACAAGGGCAGCUUCAAGAAGUUCCACCUCGACGUGCAGGAGCCGCAGCUGCUGGCCGGGAUGCUUCCCGGCCAGGAGGGCUUCGGCGUCGAGCCCGAGGGCCGCCACGGCACCGUGACGCUGAUCGAGGACGGCAGGCCGGUGCGCCGGACGCACGCCACCCUGGCGCCCAAGACGUACGUCGAGUACUACCGCCUCUUGGAGAAGGCGUACAAGGGCGAGGGCGAGGUGCCGGUCACGGCGGAGGAGGGAGCGGCAGUCAUUCGAUUGAUCGAGCUGGCCAGGGAGAGCUCCAGGCUGGGGAAGACGCUUGAUGUGUAG